GGAAAAUCCCCCACCGGUCCAUCGCAUCACAUCACCGAGCUCACCACCGCCGGCAGCCCACCCACCAGGUUGACCCACACAAAACCCCAGCUCGAGCACCCGUAACCAUGGCCCUCCUCGCCACGACCCCACUCCUCGCGCCGCUCGCCCUCUCCCCGGCCCCGAUCUCCGCCUCCCAGAGCUCCCUCCUCUUCCUGCGCGCCCCAGCCCCCGCCCUCCUCUCGCUCCGCUCCGCCUCCCCCGGCGCCCGCCUCCUCGCGGCCGUCGCGUCCAAGGAGCCCGAGCUCGGCGGCGGCGGAUCGGGAGGCGGAGACGGUGCGGGAUCUGGGGGCGGAGGCGGCGGGGGAAGCAACCCGCAGGGAGGCGGGGACGAGGGGGAGGAGGAGAAGAUGGGGGAGGGGCUCUCCAUGUCGCAGAAGCUCACCCUCGCCUACGCCGCGCUCGUCGGAGCUGGUGGCGUAAUGGGUUACAUGAAGAGCGGAAGCCAGAAGUCAUUGGCUGCAGGAGGCAUAUCAGCCCUGGUGCUGUUCUUCGUUCACACUCAACUACCAGUGAGACCCGUCUUUGCGUCAGCGAUCGGGUUAGGUAUAUCGGCUGCACUGCUGUCAGUCAUGGGGUCUCGCUUCAAGAAGUCCGGAAAGAUAUUCCCAGCCGGCGUCGUGUCCCUCCUUUCCUUGGUCAUGGUCGGAGGCUACGCCCAUGGGAUUAUGCGUAGCUCGCAUGCGUGAUGCAGUCAGUGCGGUUACCAUAUGCACUUCCGGACUUAGACUUGCGAGUUCUUUUUCUUUUUUGUGUGUUUCGAAGCAGUUGUCUGCAUAUCUUCUGUGUUUUCGGACCUUUGGUGACUGACUGACUGUCGUGUUACAUUGUCGUUGAACUUGAAGUUGAUGUUCUAGUGAACUAAGUGAAGUAUGUACGGGCGGAUGGUGGAAAUCAAUAAUUUUGAGAA